CUUCGCUCUUGUGCCGAGAAACAAAAUGCCUGAACAACUAUUAGCCCCGAACGAUGAUUUGUAUAUUUCCACAUGACACAAACAAAUAUUAGUAAGACAAAAGCUCUUCCUGUCUCACUCUGAAAAUCGUUUCACAAAAAAAUCGUUGAAAUGAAACAACUCAGUGGUCGUUACGGAAACAGUCCAGUCAGCUCGCUAUCAAACAAAAUAUGAGACGCAUGACCCGUGCCUCAGGCCAACAUAUAAAAAGUAACGAGGCUCCCCGCGCGCACACGAGACAUGUCAUCACAUCACAGCUUCAUGGAAAGCUACUAGCAAACAGGGGCAUUACAACCCCCAGGAUCCUACCACCAACACACCCUCCCUCGCCAAGUGUCGUUCCUCGAGGGGUCCGUCUCCCGAAUUAAAGAUGCCGUCCCUGCUCGUCACCGUCUUCAUUCUGCAGCUGGCCAUCCAUCUUGUGAACACCAUAGGUGCGUCCGCGGUCAAUACUCUGCUAUGGAACCUAUAUAACAGCCUCCCUACACCCACAUCCAAAGCCUUCAAAGAGCAAAAGAAGCUCCAAGCAGAAUACCUCGCUAUCCGAAAAGAGCUCAACUCCGUAAGCGCACAAGACCAAUUCGCCAAAUGGGCCAAACUCAGCAGAACGCAUGACAAAAAACUCGAGACACUCGAGAAGAGGAAGGCCGCGCUCGACAGCCACAAAGCCAAAUUCACCAGCGUCGUCUCGGCCCUCCGCUGGCUCGGCACAAAUGGCCUCCGGAUGCUCAUCCAGUUCUGGUACGCCAAGCAGCCCAUGUUCUGGCUUCCGCACGGCAGGAUCCCGUAUUAUGCAGAGUGGCUGCUGUCGUGUCCGCGGGCGCCGCUGGGGUCGAUUAGUAUACAGGUGUGGGGGAUGGCGUGUGCCGCUGUGAUACUGCUGGUUAGUGAUGCGGUUGUGGCGGUGGUGGGGUUGGUUAUGACGGCGAAGGCUGGGAAGGGGCAGCAGAAGGAGAAGAAGACGGCGGUGCCGAUGAAAGCUGGAGGGGAAAAGGCGAGCAUGCCGGCGAGCACGGAAAAGGCAGAGGCGAAAAAGGAGUUAUAGAUUGUACAAUUAGGGUAUUGCAUUGCAUAAUAGCUUAAAUGAACUAAUGGCCUAUUGA